AGCUUCUUGGUAAAAUGUCGAUUAGCACUAGCGUUACUGCCCCCGUUCACUUAUGUCGAAAAUUGUUUGGUGAACCUGUAUCAUGUAUACGUAUUCAGCAAACGUUGGAGACAAUUAUGCGUAAAGAUUUAGACCGUUUCCAAAAUAAAUGGAAUUUCCAACUAGCAAAUAAUCUACCAGAAAACAAAAAUCGCAAACCACUGUCUCUUCUUCAGUUACAUAGUGGGAAUCUGCAAAAACAUGGAGCAAAUGAGUUUAUCUUGGAGCCUAUUCUAUCAGCUCCAAGUUUCUAUACAAGAUCACCACGAAAGCUGAAAGCAUUUAGACGUCUUCCACUGUCAGUUGCGCAAAAAACUCACAUGGAACUCUUUAGAAAAACUACAGGGAGUGAAGUAAAGGAAUAUCCUUACACUUUCGCCAUGUCACACAGCUCUCCUGAUAAUGACGCACUGAAUGAUAACCAGAAGCCUGCAGCCAGUACCCCACUAUCUACAGAUACAGCAACCAUAGUACCAUAUCAACCAUCAAAAUCAUCAACGACACCGUGCCAAAUAAGUAGCUCAUCAUCAUCGUCAUCAGUUGUACCAAAACCAUCAACAGUGCAUAUGACUCCAAUUGUUAUUCGUUCAAGUGGUAGUAGUAAUCAUAAUGCAUUAUCAUCAAGUUCGAAUCCUCCUCGACAUUCAGUGAAACUGAUCAGAUCUGAUCGAUUAAGUUUGAAGAAAUCUGGGCCUAAAGUAACAGGUAAUUCAAUAACUCUUCCCAUAUGA